AUGAUCCAGCUUCGGUACAUGGGGGACGACCUUGUCUUGCUUACUGGCCCUGAAGGGGUAGACAUAGACGAGAUUCUAUCUGGGUCUGAAGAUUGGUUGAGUGAGAUUUUCGAUGUUAUUCAUGCUUGGGCACCAACUAGUGUCCCUAAUCACAGAAUCACCCGGGUUCGUUGUUCUGGUAUACCGUUACACAUGUGGACAAGGGAAUGCUUUGCCAAUUUUGUGGCACCGCUAGGAGAGGUGGUCAGAAUUGCAGAGGAGACCUCUAAUAAGAGUAUUCUCGAGUAUGCCAGAAUCCAGAUCCGAACACCUUGCUGGAAUAUAAUAUCCCAUAAUCGAAGAUUCUGUAUCCGUGGUGUGCACUACAAUAUUUUGAUAGCGGAGGAAUAUGGUGGUGAGGUGCAUUCUUGUUGUUGUAAGGACUCGUCGAUGCAGGAUGACGAGUCGCGGUCGCGAUGCUCUCAGGUGGGCGACGACGACGGUGGCGAUGAAUCCGGCGGGUCAAUUCCGGGUGGGGAGGGGGAGACUCUCGGAAUCCUGAACGACUUUUUCCAUCAAGCGGUAUCGGGUGGUGCAAGCAACGUUCCUUCUCCCGAUGACGUUGCUUUUAAUUUGAUGGGGAAUAAUGACGUGAAUAAUAAUAUUCCCAUGUUUGCGCCGUCAAUGGAGUCUAAUCAGGAGGUUGGAAUUGAUGCUCAGUUAAAUUCCUUGGAGUUUUCAGAUGUGGCAGCGGAAGUCAAUGAGUCAGUUACUGGUGAUAUUGAGGGGGGUCAGAAGAUUGGGGACUUACCUCCUAAUUUGAAAUUGGUGGGCUUAUCUCACGCAACAAAUAAUGAGGAUAAUGGGCCUGAGAAUGAGUUGGUCCAUUUAUCCCCCACUGGUUUGAACAACCUUUUCAACAAUAUGGCUUUUAACCAUAUAACCGACCUAGUGGAGGAUCCGAUCCAGAAGAUAGAUGGGUCAUCAAUGUUUAAGGACGCACAACAAAUUGAUGAGGUUGAAGCUGUCGCUGCCACACCAUUGGGUCUCCCAGCUUUACCUGAUCUCAAUCUUCAACCGGCGAUGCAGCAAGGAGCCAUGUCUGGUGCGGCGGUGGAUAACCGGCGCGGUGAUGCUCCUCAGAUGGCUCGCGGUGUCCCGACCUUACGUGCGGUGGGAUCCCAGAGGCAUGGGUCGUUGGUGUUGGUUGGAGGUGGAAACGACCAAGGCGGGGCGGAGGUGAGGAAGAAGGUACGACAGUUUUUCCAAUCCCUCAGCAAUUCUGAGAAUGGGUCAUCUUCCCAGAGAUGUAGUAAAUCAUUGUGUGUUAAGGAUGUACAAUCUGAUGCUAGGCGUAUCUGGGAGCUAGGUAAGGAGUUUGGAGCCACUUUCCAAGGGAAUGAGGAAGAUGUAAUUAACAAAUUAGUUGUAUUGGAGCAGAGGGAUGCUAGAGGGGCAGCAGUAGAUUUUGCUGUUGCUCCUAGGAGGGAAUCAGAAGUAGAUCAAUGA